AUGUUAUCAAUCACCAACUUGAACAAUUCGCGCGCCUUACGCCUGGUCGUUCCUAUUGUCGUGAUUUUCGCACUCGUGUGCACUUUCUAUGCGGAUUGGAAGCCAGUACAAAAGGUCAUUCCCAGCUCGAACCCCUCCUCAGGGGCCAUUGCGACCGGCGACGCAAGUUCAGCUCCCCCAACUUCACAAAUCCCUAAAGAUCCUUCGCCUAGCAAAUCCAAAUUUCACCACUCAAACGCUAACACUUCAAUUUCCAAUAUUCCGGAUAAAGUCUGGCAUUCCGCAAAAACAGAUGACAUAUCGGAAGAUCAACGCAAAUGGGCGUUUGUUCGCGCAUACUACCAGGAGACGCGGCCAGAUAUUGUCGAAGUCAUUGAAACCUUAUCCAUUCCAAUUUUACGGGCAGAUCUUCUUCAUGUCACUUUGGAGAAAUCACUUUCUGACUGGGUGCCCACGGAGUACAAGAAUAAAAAUCUCGAUAUGAUUGUCGGUUUGGAAUUCGAUUUUGCUUAUCGGGGCCCUGAAGCCGAGGUCGCAUCUCAAUUUUGCAACUGGGUGUUUGCAGCACAGCCGUCAUCUCGCAACCUGCUUGUGAUUGUUAACGCUGUCACCAACAAGUUGAAGGAGAUUGCAAAGACCAACAAUGUGUCUAUAUCCGGUAUCACAUUGGAGAUGCUCAAGGAUGUGGUGAACGUGACCGGACCUAAGAUCAUGACGAUUGCCAUCUUAGAAAGUCUAGGACAAUUGCUCAACAGGACGGUGGAUGACCGCGACUUCUCGGGAAUCAAACAUCCGAAGAUAGUCGGUGAUGUCUUGAUCAUGCCCGGUGUUUCAUUUGCGGCGGCCCAAAACGGAUUCUCUACGGAUCAAGGCGAUAUACUUGUGACGCAUCAUUACGAGGGCUCGUGGAAGCAGGCAGACGCAGAAGCCAAAGAAAGAAAAAAGCAAAAGGAGAAAGAAGAGCAUGAAGCACAGAGUCACCAAGGAUGA